AGCAAAAUGAAAACAAAAGUAAAAGAGACAAAAACAAGGAGAGAACAUCGUGGAGCAAACGUCGUGUGCAUAGCUUACGAAUAUUUCCUCCAUUCCAAACCCUUGGAGAGGAUUUCUGUUCAAUUUCAGAAAUUUAGGGUUUGGAAUUCGGAAUAUGUCGGGGAGUAGCAGCCGGAGUGGCGGGCCGGACUUUCACCUCCCCGAUGAAAUACUUUCGGUCAUUCCGACAGACCCGUAUGACCAAUUGGAUGUAGCUCGGAAGAUCACCUCUAUGGCAAUCGCUUCUCGCGUUACAAAUCUGGAGUCUGAGAUGGGUAGGCUCCGUCAAAAGCUUCACGACAAGGAUCGCGUGAUCCUCGACCUCGAAGACAAGGUCUCUCAGCUCGAGCAGGCCUGCCACGCGGCCGAAUUGCGAUUGAACAUCACUCUCCAAGAUAAUGUGAAACUUUCCAAAGAGAGGGAUUCUCUGGCUUUGACUGCAAAGAAGCUUGGUCGCGAUUUAGCAAAGUUGGAGACCUUUAAGAGGCAAUUGGUGCAGUCUUUGAGUGAUGAUGACUCAUCUCAAGCUGAAACUGUUGAUAUUGGCACUUACGAUCAAUCUGUUCACAAGUCAUAUCCUGUAAUAGAGGAGGUGAAUGGCUACACAAUGCAUCAUUCUUUCAGUGGGUCUAUGGAUGGCAGAGGCAGUUACGAUGAUGCCUCAAAGCAAGCUGUGCAAAGAUUUUCCAUCCCUUACAUAACACCACGGCUUACUCCUACUGACACACCAAAAACAACUUCUGCUAGUGUAUCCCCCAGAAGAUUUUCUGCUGCUGUAUCUCCUCAGAGGACGUCUGGCAGCAGCACUCCAACAAACCCUCAAUUUCAAAGCCGAGGUUCAGUGUCAUCGUUCUAUCCUUCGAGUCAACAGUCCUCAGCAGCUAACUCUCCUCCAAGGGCACGUGCAAAACCAGCUCAAACUCCUCGAGUUGAUGGGAAGGAGUUCUUCCGUCACGCCAGGAGUCGUCUGUCUUAUGAGCAGUUCAGUGCAUUUCUAGCUAACAUAAAGGAAUUAAAUGCUCAAAAGCAAUCUCGCGAGGAAACUUUGAAAAAAGCAGAAGAGAUUUUCGGGACAGAUAACAAAGAUCUCUAUCUAUCAUUCCAAGGGAUGCUUAACCGCGGUGUUCGUUGAAAGUACGGAAAAUCUGGGGUAUAUAUGAUUUCCCAUAUUAUGGUAGCUCAAACUUUAACAGAGGUCUUAGCUUAGUGGCUGUUGUUUUGUGUGUCUAAAGUUGACCGGUGGGCAUGUGGAACUCGUGGAGCUGUGCUCUAACUUGAGGUACAGAUCGUCAAUCAUCAACUGAGAAAUCUUUCGAGCUUUAAACCUUCUGGAAGUACAAAGAAUUCGGAUUGUUGUAGAUUAUGCUAGACUAUGAGUCAAUGCUCUCAAGUUUGACUUCUCACUAGCUCAUGGGUGCAUGCUGUAAAUUAUUCCCGUUUUUGUUUUUCUCCUCCACUUAAGUUUUUUCAUUUUAGAUUUUUACCAUCACGUGUGGUGAGAGGAUUGAGUGGUGCCAGCAGAUGGUUGAAUCAAUAUUGAGGUGGGUUUCCUUGCGUUGAUCCUCUUUCUUUCAUUUGCACAUGGAUAGAAGAAACGUAUCUGCAGUAUUGACACAACUGAAAUCAUGCGGUCAUUAAUAUGUAAAUUGGAGGGUACUAUUGAUUUUUAGCAUUCAGAACUAGCAGUCAAAACUCUGAUGUUGUAGUUGUAUCUACUCUACGAAUUUAAUUCCACACUCUGUUUGGAAGUAUGUAAUUGAAUUGCAGGAAUGUAUGGUCAUAUCUUUGAACCUUGUAUCGUACAUUGGUAUUUCUCAAAUUUGUGUUUUUCUCUUGUU